AUGGAUGGUCAACAUCUAGAGAAACGAGAAAAUAAACAAGAAGGGGAUAUAGAGAUUGUUCCACCAAGGAGUCAUCUGUACUCUGAAAAAAAGGUUAGUGAUUUUCUAGAGGAUUCUUCUUCUGGAAGUCAAAAUAAACUUGGAAGGCACUCUGUGGAGGUCUUUGUAAAGCGGGAUAACCAUCGGAAAGCAAAGGACACCAAAGCUUCUUCAUCAACAAACUCUAACAGUGGAAAUCACUGCAAGGAUGGAAGCCACGAGAAUGAGUACAAGAAAGGAUUGAGGCAUGUUCUCUGGCUUUCUACAGAAUUCCCACUACAAACUGAAGAGCUUCUACCAGUGGCUCAACAUUUUGGUAAAUAA